AUGAUUUUCAAAAGGUUUUUGCAAAGUGCUAGCAGGAACGUUGCACUUGCCUUCGACAUUGAUGGUGUUCUUCUUAGGGGUAAGAACCCAAUUCCAGGUGCGGGAGAGGCUCUUAGACUAUUGAACCAGAGCAAGAUCCCAUACAUUCUAUUAACCAAUGGUGGUGGUUAUCUCGAAAAAGAACGUACAGAUUUCAUUUCUAAGGUACUUAAUGUGGAGAUUUCUCCCUUGCAGAUAGUUCUUAGCCACACGCCCUACAAGGCCUUGGUGAACAAAUAUGAAAGAAUUCUUGCAGUGGGUACUGAAAACGUCAGAAAAGUAGCAGAGACCUAUGGUUUUAAAGAUGUCGUUCACCAAACUGACAUCCUUCGUUACAACCGCGCCAUUGCACCUUACAGUGGUAUAAGUAAUGAACAGUUACAACAGUACUCAAAGGUUAUUCCCAACAUUGCCGACAAGAAAUUUGAUGCCGUUCUGGUAUUCAACGAUCCCCAUGAUUGGGCUGCUGAUAUUCAAGUUAUUUCCGAUGCACUAAACAGUAAGGAUGGGUAUUUAGAUACUGUCAGAAGCUACAAAGAUUCUAAACCAUCCAUUCCAAUCUACUUCUGCAACCAAGAUUUGCUUUGGGCAAGUGAAUACCAUUUGAACCGUUUUGGACAAGGUGCAUUCCGUUUAAUAAACAGGCGACUAUACGCUGCAUUGAAUGACGAUUUACCACUGACGGAUUAUGCUAUCGGUAAACCAACAAAGUUGACAUACGAUUUUGCCCAUCAAGUAUUGAUAGACUGGCACAGAAAGUUGAUUAACAAUGAUACCUCGUCACUGGAACAAAGACUACCACCACUAGGUGUUACACCGGAAAACUCGCCAUUCCAAAACGUUUACAUGGUUGGUGACAACCCGGCCAGUGAUAUAAUCGGUGCCCAGCGUUACGGCUGGAAUUCAUGUCUUGUCAGAACAGGUGUCUACCAAGAUAGUACCCCAUUAGGCGAAGUUAAACCAACAAUGAUCGUCAACAACGUCUACGAUGCAGUUCGUAGAGUGGUCGACCAAUUAUGA